GCUGUGCUUAAACUGCCAGACACAAAGAGCACUAUCCGGACAGCUUGGAGAUAUGGACAAAAUGACCCCUCCUGUACUUUCGAAAUCAUCACCCAAACUAUCAACUGCUCCUCAGAGCCAGGCUAAACCUGCUGAGUCAACUCACCAACAGAAGACUCCAACAAGACCUGUUCAGACGCUGGAGAAAACAAAAAAAGAUCCAGAAAUUCAGAAGGAAGAUCCAAAGCUUCAACAGGUCAAGUUAGCAAAGGCAAUUUCUGCUGAUAAAAUCCAAGAGAGUGUUCCUAAGGAUGAUUCAAAGCCUCAGCAAGAAAAGUUGGCAAAAGCAGCAUCUUCUGAUCAAAUUCGAAAAGAAGAGCCAAAACUGACCAUGAAGCCAUCUGCUGAUAAGAUUUCAGAAGAUAUUCGAAAGAAAGAGCCAAAGGCAGAUGUGUCAAAAAUAUCGGAUAACAUUCAGAAGAAAGAUCUAAAAUUUCAAGAGAUAAAAUUGGUCAAAACUCCAUCUGCUGAUCAGAUUCGGAAGGAAGAUCCAAAGAUCCAGCAGGUGAAAUUGGUCAAAACUCCAUCUGCUGAUCAGAUUCGGAAGGAAGAACCAAAGAUUCAGCAGGCGAAAUUGGCAAAAACAAUAUCAGCUGAUCAAAUUCAGAAAGAAGAUUCAAAGUUCCAGCAGAUGAAAUUGGCAAAAACACCAUCUGCUGAACAGAUUCGGAAGGAUGUUCAAAAGGAAUAUCCAAAACUUCAGCAAGAAAAAAUGACAACAGUACUCUCAGAUGGUGAAAUUAAGAAAGUUGAUUCAAAAUUUCAGCAGGCAAAACUGGCCAAAAUACCAUCCACUGAUCAAAUUCACAAGGAAGACUCAAAACUACUUCAAUCAAAAAUCGUGAAGGCAACCUCUGCUGAUCUUCUUCGAAAGGACGAUCGGAAAAUUCAGGAGGAAAAACUAGUAAAGGCACCUAUGAUGGAUUUAACUUCUUCCAAGACCAGUAGUGAUCAGACACAGUUGGCAAGAACAUUGGAGGAUGGUACCAAGUUUCCACUCUCACAAGAAUUAUCCACAUUUUCUGAGACCAAACAUAAACCAAUAGAGGAACAAUUUACUGAAGGAAAGCUGGAAGCCAAAGUGCUUCCAGAAAAAAGGAAGCAGGAAAAUUUGAAAAAGGAGGAUUCAGUAAUGGAUAUUCCAGAAACCAUCUCCAAAGAUCAAAAAUCUCAAAAAGAAGAAAUCUCAGCUCUGCCAAUAUCAUUGCCAAAGCCUGAUCAUGUGGAAAUGCUGAGAGAAAAAGCAGAGAAAGAAGAUGACAAAUCAGAUACAUCAAGCUCGCAUCAGCAAAAAAGUCCACAAGGUCUAAGUGACACUGGAUACUCGUCUGAUGGAAUCUCAAGUUCUCUUGGUGAAAUUCCCAACCUCAUUCAAAGUGAUGAAAAGGAAGUGCUGAAAGAAGCUUAUAAAAAGGAAACUCUUUCACAGGAAAGUAGCCCAACCAGUCCCUCAGAUCUUGCUAAGCUAGAAAGCACUGUUUUGUCAAUUUUGGAAGCUCAAGCAAGUACUCUUGCUGAAGAAAAGUCUAGAAGGACCAAAGACCUUUAUAGUGUUUAUAGUGAAGAGACAAAAGACUCACAUAAAACAAAGCCCCUGCCGAUCACACCAGAAUCUUACAGUUCAGAUGAAGAAGAUUUGGCAAAACAAAAUAUUCAUGGAAAAGAUGCAGGAGCUCCUGAAGAAGGCAGUAAACAAACUGUAGCAUCUCGGAAGGGGUACAAACAGCAGGCAGAGCUAACAGAAGAUGCAUCAACCAGGAGGCAACGUUACGACUCUGUAGAAGAUAGCAGUGAAAGUGAGAAUUCGCCUGUUCCACAAAGAAAAAGACGGACUAGUGUUGGCUCUUCAAGCAGUGAUGAAUAUAAAGCAGAAGACAGCCCCGGUUCAGGCGAUGAUGAAGAUUUCAUUCGAAAACAGAUCAUGGAGAUGAGUGCUGAUGAAGAUGCUUCAGGUUCUGAAGAUGAUGAAUUCAUCAGGAAUCAGCUGAAAGAAAUCAGUACCAAUGAAAGUCAGAAGAAGGAAGAAGUUAAAAGUAAAAAAGGAACUGGUGGAAAACAUAAGAGGAUGACACGCAAAAGUAGCACAGGCUAUGAAGAUGAUGCUAGCAGACGCCAUUCUUGGCAUGACGAUGACGAUGAAACAUUUGAUGAAAGCCCAGAAACAAAAUACAGGGAAACAAAAAGUCAGGACAGUGAAGAAAUUUCUGUAACUGGAGGAGGAGGUCUCCGUCGUUUCAAAACUAUAGAACUUAACAGUACAAUAACGAAUAAAUAUUCUGAGGAAUCUGAACAGCCGAAGAGAAGUCUUUAUUUUGAUGAAGAACCAGAGUUAGAGAUGGAGAGUCUCACUGACUCACCAGAGGAUAGGUCAAGGGGAGAAGGAUCUUCGAGUUUGCAUGCCUCCAGUUUCACUCCAGGUACAUCUCCUACAUCUGUGUCUUCCCUUGAUGAAGACAGUGACAGCAGUCCCAGUCACAAAAAAAUGGGUGGAGAAAGUAAGCAGCAGCGGAAAGCCAGACAUCGGACACAUGGUCCUCUUCUUCCAACUAUUGAAGAUUCUUCUGAAGAAGAGGAACUUAGGGAGGAGGAAGAACUGCUCAAAGAGCAAGAGAAACAGCGUGAACUUGAGCAACAGCAAAGGAAGACCUCUAGCAAAAAAUCUAAGAAGGACAAGGAUGAGCUUAGAGCCCAGAGAAGAAGAGAACGGCCAAAGACACCACCAAGUAAUCUUUCUCCUAUUGAGGAUGCUUCUCCAACAGAAGAAUUGCGCCAGGCAGCAGAAAUGGAGGAACUACAUCGAUCUUCCUGUUCCGAAUAUUCACCAAGUAUUGAGUCAGAUCCUGAAGGUUUUGAAAUCAGUCCAGAAAAAAUCAUCGAAGUGCAGAAGGUUUAUAAGUUGCCUACAGCUGUCUCUUUAUAUUCUCCCACAGAAGAGCAGCCUGUUGGCUUUGUCAAAGAAGACAGCAGUCAAAAGAGUUUAAGAAGUGCUGAAGAGGUAUAUGAAGAAAUCCUGCACACCUCCCACAAAGCCAAGCCAUUUCCAGAUGCAAAUGAAAAAGAUGAAGUGUUUGAAAAGGAGCCUUUAUAUGGCGGCAUGCUAAUAGAAGACUAUAUUUAUGAAUCUUUAGUAGAAGAUGCUUACAGUGGGGCUAUGGAGACGAGCCUCAUAACAAAGCAAGAUGAGUGUGAUGACUUUAGCCAACAGAAAGACAAAGAGAGAAAAACAAAGCCUUCAGAUGUGAUAUAUGGAGAACCUAUGCAAAAAUCUACAGACAUACAAAAAGACUAUUAUAGGAUAGAGCCUUUGCAUUCAAUUAUGCCCCAAGAAGACAUUGUGUCUAGCUCUUACAUCAUGCCAGAAAGUCAUGAGAUAAUCGUAUUGGAUAGUGUGGCACCAGCUUCAUGUGAUGAAAAGCAGCUGCUGAAUGCAGAUGCCGCUUAUGAGGAACUUAUGAAGCGGCAAAGAAUGCAGUUGACCCCUGGUUCCAGUCCUACUCAGCCAACUCCUGAGUUGAUUUCUGUCUCAGAUACGAAGACAAGCACAUCUGGAGAGGCUUCACUGACGUCAAGCACUACUUCAGCAGUGUCAGACAUAUCUUCAGUGAGCUCUGUAGUGUUUCCCAUCCCAGAUGUUAAAAUUACUCAGCACUUUACAACUGAAGAAAUAGAAGAUGAAUAUGUCACAGAUUAUGCCCGGGAGAUUGAAGAAAUAAUUUCUCAUGAAACAUCCAUAUUGACGUAUUCAGAGGCCUCAGAAAGUGCCACCUCUGUUUUACCAUCAGAUACAUCUUCCCUUACAUCAUCUACAUCUUCAGUUUACACCACUGGUAGUUCCUCGCCUGUGGCUGGACCAGAUGGAAUGGCUUCAGGUUACAUAGAAACAGUGGAUGCUAUUAGCAAGUUAUCAGAUUCUGAAGGAACCAGUUCGUUGACCCAGGUUCAUAUAAGUUCCAGAAAAGAGAACUCUGAACCUACUGUGCUCCCCUCUAAGGAGACACUUGUAGCUAAAAGUGUAUCUCACAGGCAUCAGGUGGUGGUUCCUCUGCCUGAAAUUGACUCCUUUGCGUCAACAUCUGUAGAAACAAAGCAGAAGCCCUUUGCUGCCUUGGAAACAUUCCCUUCAGAAGAUGACCAAGCAAGAACAAUUGUGGCGAAGUUUGAUGUUGUGAAGGGGCUUUAUGAAAAUGAACAGGCAAGAGUCCCUGUUAGCAUAACGACAAAAGGUUUAACACAUGCUAUGUCUGACCAGAGAUUUACAUCUACAGUUUCAGUUUCAGAACCAGCACCAGUAUUAUCCUCUGUUACUUCUACUAUGUCUGUGUUGCCAUCUGCAGCUUCUGCAGCUCCCACUAUUGCAUCCAAAACAACCUCCUUUUUCAGAAGCUCUUCCUUAGACUCUCCUGCUCAGCCAUCUGUACCACUACCUCCCCCUCCACCACCACCACCACCACCUCCCCCUCCACCACCUCCACCACCUAUUCUGCCUAAGCCAGCUAUGUAUCCUAAAAAGAAGCCACUGGCUAAGGCUCCAGUAACAACACCUCCCACCCUGGUACCAUCUGUCAUCAGUGUCAAAACAGUACAGACAACAUCUGCCACAAAAACCAGUGCACCACCUGUCACAAAAAUAUACACUGCAACACCUCCUCCUGUCCCACCCAAACCAGCUUCAAUUCCAGCAGGACUCGUGUUCACACACAGACCUGCUGAAGUAAUAAAGCCUCCUAUUGCUCCCAAACCAGCCAUUCCUCAGUUACCAACAACUAUCCAUAAACUAGCAGAAAUACAGCCAAAGCCAGCCGGUUUGCCUUUAACCAGCAGUAUGACUUUGAACUUAGUUUCCCCUGCUGAGUACAAGUUGACAUCCCCGACAUCCCCAUUGUCUCCACAUUCUAAUAAAACUUCCCCAAGGUUGUCCAAAUCCUCUCAGGAAACCUAUGUUGUUAUCACCUUGCCCUCUGAACCUGGAACUCCGACAGAGUCUAUUACCAGCCAGGCAAUCACCACUUGGCCUUCAGGAUCACCCCUUAAGGAACAGGCUCCUCAAAUUGUGCAACCCUUUUUCACUCCAUCGAUGAGUUCUCUGCAAAUGCAAAGCAUAGCUGAUCAAAGCAGGUAUGUUCCAAGUGCUUUGCAAACUAUUUCUUCUAUGCCUAUCACUGCACGGCCAUUUUUUGAGAUAGUCCCUAGUUCAGCAACAGAGUUAAUAACAACAGAGGUGGCCAGGACUACAGUGUCUUUGGUCAAAAAUGCCGGCUUAGGUAGUGUUUCCAUAACUAUACCCCCUGAACCGGCACAUAUAAUAGAAACACCCAGAUAUAGAGAGAAUGGAAGAUUCCAUGUCUUUGGCGAUGUUAUUGAUCUUCGCACCUUGACAAAAAUGGACAUUGAAAGUACAGACAGCUGUAUGGACCUUUCUUCUGCUCCAGCAGAUAUAAGAAGGCAAAUUAUGACAAGUGACACUUCUGGGCGGCCAGUAAGCACUGUUCAACCAGCUAUCAUAAAUCUUAGUACUGCAUCAACAGCUGAUCCCUCCUUAGCUCCAAUCUCUGAAACAAUUACAAUAGUGACUGGUACAACUACUGUAAGUUAUUCUACAAGUACAGAAAGUCUUGUAGAUCUGGGGCAUGCAAUGACAACUCCACUGCAGCUAACAACUUCAAAACACUUUGAGCCUGGACCUAGGAUAACAGGUAGCCCGGCACUCUCUGCAGACAGAGAUGAAGUGCCAAUAAAUCUGUCGUUUAGUACUCCGGCAAAUGCAGUUACAUGGGCCACUACAAAGCCUGUUACUGUACCUCCUGUGGGCGUAACCAAUGGUUGGACUGAUGCGUCCACUGUCCAUGAAUCAAUGGAGAGUGGAGUAGUUGACCUCAGCACCGCAAAAUCCCACAGAACUAUGGUGGCCGUGGAUGAAACAACUUUGGGAACUGUUACCACUGUAAUAGAAGACGAUGAAAAACCUGUGGACCUGACUGCAGGGAGAAGGGCUGUUUGUUGUGAUGUGAUUUAUAAGUUACCAUUUGGCAGGAGCUGUACAGCUCAAGCACCUGCAACAACGUUACCUGAAGAUCGUUUUGGUUACAGAGAUGACCACUAUCAGUAUGACCGCUCAGGGACCUAUAGUUAUAGAGGAAUUGGGGGUAUGAAACCUUCAAUGUCAGAUACCAAUUUAUCAGAAGCUGGACUUUUUCUGUACAAAACCAAGAAUACAUUUGAGUACCAAGUUGGGGCAACUGAUGUAGCAGUAGACUUAACCUCUGGCAGAGUAACGACAGGUGAAAUUGUGGAUUACUCAAGCAAGAUUACUGGUCCUUAUCCAGAGACUCGGCAAGUGAUUUCUGGCAUUGGGAUCAGUGCGCCUCAGUAUUCCCAAGCAAGAAUAGUGUCAUCUCUAGGAUCUCCAUAUGGCCUUGGAAGUGUUUUAAGAUCAUCCAAUGGGAUUGUUUAUUCAUCAGUGGCGACUCCAGUCCCAUCUACGUUUGCUAUCACCACUCAGCCUGGUUCUAUUUUCAGCACUUCGGUCAGAGACCUGUCUGCUCUUCAUACAGUUGACACAAUGCCCUCAUUAUCAAACUUGCAACAGACCCAGGCACUUCCAAGAUCAUACAAUUUCUUGACAACUGCAGCCUCUGAAAAAGAUGGUGCAAUUACUGGUAUUGACAUUGACCCAGGGUUGCAACCUCUCCCUUUAGAAGCUAUUACCACUGAGCCAACCAACUUGAUGCCUGUCUUCACCACAGCUUCUGAAGCUUUUGUAGAUGUAAUUGAGGAUGAAGCUACACUCCUCAUGGCCCCUGAAGAAGGCAAACAACAGCAUCUUGAUUUAGAACGUGAGUUGCUAGAGCUUGAAAAACUGAAGCAGCAGCGCUUUGCAGAGGAACUGGAGUGGGAACGUCAAGAAAUACAGAGGUUCAGAGAACAGGAGCAGUUCAUGGUUCAAAAAAAGCUGGAGGAAUUGCAUUCUAUGAAGCACCACCUUCUGUAUCAGCAAGAAGAAGAGAGGCAGGCUCAGUUCAUGAUGAGACAGGAAACGCUAGCUCAGCAGCAACUACACAUUGAACAAAUCCAGCAGCUUCAACAGCAGCUUCAUCAGCACUUAGAAGAGCAAAAAAUACACCAGAUCUAUCAAUAUAAUUAUGAUCCUUCUGGAACUGUGUCCCCACAAACAACCACAGAUCAAGUUAUGCUUGAAGGUCAGUAUGCUGCAGCCGACAACCAGUUUUGGACUGGUGAUGAAGCCACCACCACUGCAUCUGCUGUACUGGGGAUUGAAAUUCCACAGAGCCAAGCCUGGUACACUGUUCAGUCAGAUGGUGUUACUCAAUACAUUCCCAGGCCUGGCAUGCUAAGUUCCGUUUCAGAGAUGUCUCUCAAAGACAUUGAUGUGAAAGAAGAAAAACAGCUGAAAAAGAGAAGCUCUAUGCCAAAGCUGCGUGGCCAAUAUGAGGAACUUGGUGAAGCCAUGGAAGAAGAGCCUAGGUGUCUUAAAAAGAUAGUGGAGAGUGGAGUUCAAACUGAUGAUGAGGACAAUGCAGACAUGGGCUACGCAGACAGGAGACGGAGAACUAAAAAGAGUGUUGACACAAGCGUUCAGACGGAUGAUGAGGACCAAGAUGAAUGGGAUCCUACCAACAGAUCAAGGAGGAAGACCCGUGUGGGGAAAUAUGAAGGUACCACUGAGGUGGAAAAGUCUAAGCCUUUUUCCAAAGUCUCCAGUAUUGCGGUGCAGACUGUGGCAGAGAUUUCUGUACAAACAGAGCCUGUAGGGACAAUAAGGACCCCGUCAGUAAGGGCCCAGUUGGAUGCAAAGAUAGAAAUAAUAAAACACAUUUCAGCUCCAGAAAAGACAUACAAAGGAGGAAGUUUGGGAUGUCAGACAGAAACAGAUUCAGACACCCAAAGCCCCCCAUACAACACAGCCACCUCCCCUCAGAAAGAUAAAAAGCGCCCCACACCAUUAGAAAUCGGUUAUUCAUCCCAUCUCCGACCAGAACCCACACUUCAGGUAGCCCCUUCCCCUCCCAAAUCCCCCAAAGUUCUCUAUUCUCCCAUUUCACCUGUUUCUCCGGCUGCAGUGAUAGAGUCAGCCUUUGUACCUUAUGAAAAGCCUAUUGCUGAAGACAUUAGUCCUCAGAAGGUUCUGCACGCUGAUGUCACCAAGAUUCCUCAGCUGAGCCCAAAGUCUGCCAAGGUGAUGCAGCGUUCUUUGUCUGAUCCUAAGCCUCUGAGCCCAACAGCCGAAGACCCUUCCAGAGCUCAUUUCCAGUACACUGAUGGUUUCCUGACUAAGGGAUCUCCAAGUGCAGCAGCAUCAGGAAUGCAAAAGAAGGUCAAGAGGACUCUGCCCAACCCACCUCCAGAAGAUGUUGCAGUAGGAACACAAUCUGCCUUCACCACUGUGGGCUCAGUUUCACGUCGAAGGAUCUGUAGAAGCAAUACCAUGGCAAGAGCUAAAAUCCUUCAGGAUAUAGACAGAGAACUGGAUCUGGUAGAACGAGAGUCAGCCAAGCUUCGGAAGAAGCAAGCAGAGCUAGAUGAGGAAGAGAAAGAAAUAGAUGCAAAACUUCGGUAUCUAGAAAUGGGCAUCAAUCGACGAAAAGAAGCAUUGCUAAAAGAAAGAGAAAAGAGAGAGCGUGCCUACCUUCAGGGAGUAGCAGAGGAACGUGAUUAUAUGUCUGACAGUGAAGUCAGCAGCGCCAGGCCUACCAGGAUAGAAUCUCAGCAUGGCUUGGAAAGGCCACGGACUGCACCCCAAACAGAAUUUGACCAAUUUAUACCCCCACAGACCCAACCAGAAACUCAGUUUACAACUCCUACAAGUCCUUAUACUCAGUAUCAGUACUCUUCGCCUGCCCUUCCUACUCAAGCACCAAGUCAGUACACCCAGCAGUCCCAUUACCAGCAGCAGCAGCCUUUAUAUCAACAGCAGGUUUCUCCUUAUCAGACCCAGUCUGCAUUCCAAACUGUGGCAACCAUGUCCUUCACACCCCAAGCCCAGCCACCGCCAACCCCACAGCCUUCCUAUCAGCUCUCAUCACAGUUGAUGGUGAUCCCACAAAAAACCAGGCAAACUUCAUUAUACCUGGAGCCCAAGAUAACAACCAACUAUGAUGUGAUUCGCAAUCAGCCUCUCAUGAUAGCACCUGCAUCUUCUGAUAACACUUAUGCAGUGUCCCAUUUAGGUAGUAAAUACAGCACCUUGGACUUAAGGUUGGGGCUGGAUGAAAGAAGCAGCAUGGCCAGUAGUCCCAUCUCGAGCAUAUCUGGUGACUCUUUUUAUGCAGACAUUGACCAUCACGCAUCCCGUAAUUAUGUACUGAUUGAUGAUAUUGGGGACCUUGGUAAAGGAACGUCCUCACUUAGCUCUGCUUAUGGUCUACAUGAGAAGGAUCUGAGCAAAACCGAUAGGCUUCUUCGAACUACUGAGGCCCGGAGGGUGCAAGAAGUCUCAGAUUUCCUCGCACCACUGCAAACAUCUUCUCGAUUGCACAGCUACAUGAAAACUGAGGAAGACCCAAUGGAAGAUCCUUAUGAACUGAAGCUUCUAAAGCAUCAGAUCAAGCAGGAGUUCCGAAGGGGUGCUGAAAGCUUGGAUCACCUGGCAGGCCUUUCACAAUAUUACCAUGCGGAUACAAGCUACAGACAUUUCCCCAAAUCAGAGAAAUAUAGUAUAAGCAGGCUUACCUUAGAGAAACAAGCUGCCAAACAGCUCCCAGCAGCCCUCCUGUACCAGAAGCAGUCAAAACAUAAGAAGGCCUUGAUAGACCCCAAAUUGUCAAAAUUUUCACCCAUUCAGGAAAGCAGAGACCUGGAGCUUGAUUAUUCAAGCUACUUAACUUCCAGCACAUCAUCACUGGGGGGCAUAACCUCCAGAGCGAGGCUACUCCAGGAUGACAUCACAUUUGGGCUUCGGAAAAAUAUCACAGACCAACAGAAGUACAUGGGGCCAACACUGACACAUUCCCUUGGGACAAGCCUUGGGGCUGCACUGAGUGCAACAAUGAGAUCCACCUUGCAAGAUGAUGCUGACAAACCCUACGGCAGUAGCAGCAGAUCCAGGCCUUCUUCCCGUCCAUCUUCAGUCUAUGGGCUUGACUUAUCUCUAAAAAGAGAUUCUUCAAGCUCUUCUUUAAGACUGAAAGCCCAAGAGGCUGAACCACUGGACGUUUCCUUCAGCCAUGCAGCUCCCUCUGGAAGAACUAAACCCACCAGCCUACCUAUAAGUCAGAGUAGGGGACGAAUCCCAAUAGUAGCCCAGAACUCAGAAGAAGAGAGUCCCUUAAGUCCCGUGGGCCAGCCAAUGGGAAUGGCACGAGCUGCAGCUGGGCCAUUGCCACCUAUAUCUGCAGACACUAGGGAUCAGUUUGGAUCAAGCCAUUCAUUGCCUGAAGUCCAACAGCACAUGAGGGAAGAGUCACGUGCUCGAGGCUAUGACCGGGACAUAGCGUUCAUCAUGGAUGACUUCCAGCAUGCCAUGUCAGACAGUGAAGCCUACCACCUGCGCCGGGAAGAAACAGAUUGGUUCGACAAGCCCCGGGAGACUCGUUUGGAGAAUGGACAUGGUUUUGACCGAAGACUGCCAGACAAGCUAGCCCAUUCAAGACCACCAAGUCAGCAUCAAGACCAAAUUAAUGGGAAGCCUAUCCAAUACAUCUUUCCCCAUGCAAGGCUGAAACUACCAAGGGACCCAAAGGAUCACUCAGUUUCAGGCAACGGACUUGGGAUCCGAGUUGUAGGUGGGAAAGAAAUUCCUGGAAUCCAUGGAGAAAUUGGUGCUUACAUUGCUAAGAUCCUACCUGGUGGAAGUGCUGAGCAAACAGGGAAACUUGUGGAAGGGAUGCAGGUCCUGGAAUGGAAUGGCAUUCCCCUGACUGCCAAAACAUAUGAAGAAGUCCAGAGUAUCAUCAGUCAACAGAGUGGGGAAGCAGAAAUAUGUGUAAGACUGGAUCUCAGCAUGCUGUCAGAUGGUGAAAAUCCACAACAUCUAGAUUUGCUUGAGCCAGGAAAGCCUGUGGAUAAAACAAAGUCCCCGGGUGUUGAUCCUAAGCAAUUGGCAGCAGAGCUGCAAAAGGUUUCUCUGCAACAGGCCCCAUUAAUUGCUUCCUCAGCCAUGGAAAAGGGGUCCCAUGCACAUUCUGGCACUGCGUCCGCCACCUCUAGUUCCAUUCCUAGCCCCGGUCAGCCCGGGUCUCCCUCAGUCAGCAAGAAACGGCACAGUAGCAGCAAGCCUACUGAAGUGGCAAAGUCUGGUUCCCAUCCAAUAACUGGAGAAAUUCAGCUUCAAAUCAACUAUGACAAGCACCUUGGUAAUUUGAUCAUUCACAUUCUUCAAGCAAGAAACCUUGCUCCCCGUGACAACAAUGGCUAUUCUGACCCUUUCGUUAAAGUCUAUCUUCUACCAGGAAGAGGCCAAGUUAUGGUUGUCCAGAAUGCAAGUGUCGAGAACAAGAGGAGGACGAAGUAUGUGCAGAAAAGCUUGAAUCCUGAAUGGAACCAGACAGUCAUUUAUAAAAAUAUCUCCAUGGAGCAGCUGAAGAAGAAAACCCUGGAAGUUACAGUCUGGGACUAUGAUAGAUUCUCCUCCAAUGACUUCCUUGGCGAGGUAUUAAUUGAGCUAUCUAGUGCCUCUCAACUGGACAAUACUCCACGGUGGUAUGCUCUGAAGGAACAGAGUGAAAGCAUUGAUCAUGGGAAAUCCCAUUCUGGACAGAGCAGCCAGCAGACCCCAAAACCAUCUGUCAUCAAGAGCAGAAGUCAUGGGAUUUUCCCUGACCCAUCAAAGGACAUGCAGGUGCCCACCAUUGAGAAGUCCCACAGCAGUCCAGGAAGCUCCAAAUCUUCUUCUGAAGGACACCUGCGUUCUCAUGGACCAUCCCGCAGCCAAAGCAAAACCAGCGUCACUCAAACCCACCUUGAAGACGCUGGGGCAGCCAUCGCCGCUGCUGAAGCAGCUGUCCAACAGCUCCGCCUUCAACCAACAGCACAUAAAAGCGGUCAGUCUAAUUAUGCAAGGAAGCAGCACAGACACAGCAUAGCAGGAGUCCUCUCAAUUCAAAGAACUCAGUCUGACAAUCUGCCUCCACCAGCCAGUGACAACAAAGACCAAAGCCAACUAGCCCUCAGAAAAGUGAUGUCCGAUGGACCAGUCAAACCUGAAGGAGCAAGGCCUACCAACCAUCGACCAGGAGAAAGUUCAGUCUCCUCCACUGGUUCAUCAGCCAGUACCUUUGGCAGUGGAUACAGUAUGGAUAGUGAAGGAAGUAGCAGCAGCAGUGCCACCACAGGGGACAAUAAUCUCUUUCCCAUUCCAAGAAUAGGAAAGAUGAACCAGAAUGGGCAAGAUCCAGUGAAGCAGUCAGGAGUGGGAUUAACCGAGGCUGAAGGUAAAACCCAGGUGAUGGGUGAAAUCAAGAUUGCUUUAAAGAAGGAAAUGAAGACUGAUGGAGAACAGCUAAUAGUGGAGAUCCUUCAGUGCAGAAAUAUCACCUAUAAGUUUAAGUCUCCAGAUCACUUACCAGAUCUGUAUGUAAAGCUGUACGUAGUCAACCUCGCAACUCAGAAGAGAGUGAUUAAGAAGAAAACAAGAGUAUGCAGGCAUGACCGAGAACCUUCAUUCAAUGAAACGUUUAGAUUCAGUUUGAGUCCUACCGGACACUCUCUCCAGAUUCUCCUUGUUUCCAAUGGAGGAAAGUUUAUGAAGAAGACCUUGAUUGGUGAGGCCUAUAUCUGGCUUGACAAAGUGGACCUCAGGAAAAGAAUAGUAAACUGGCACAAACUUUUGGUCAGCUCAACACAAACACAUUGAGCGAAGCUGUCUUCUUUGUGCCUUUGCAGAGAAUCUACUUACGUGAUUCCAAGACUCUCCUUUGAUAUUGUGUUUAGCUAGGCCUUCAGAAUAUGAAGUAGAGGGGAAAAACCAAGUUCUGGGCUACUUAGCACACUUUCAUGAGGGCUAGUCAAUAAGUUUUGCUGUAUUUUUAAAAAAAAAUCAGCAAAGAAAAACCCCAACCACUCUAAGCCCAGAAGUUAAGAUAAGUCUGCUUGAAAAAGGAAGAGUGAACUCUGAGGGCUUGGUGAUGUUAGAAUCUUUGUGGCUAUGAAGCAAAAGAACAGCACCCAUGUCCUGGACGGGCGGUGUUAAUGCAGACCAUUUGGAUGCUGCUAGAGGCAGAGUCUGUGAGAGAGCUACCUGGUUCUUGGUGCAAUCAGAAGGGAGAUCAUUUUAUGCAAAAGCACCUAAGGUGACUUUCCAGUUCUCACUUAUUAGAAGACUCAACUGUGUUCUUCUGCACCUCAGAAUAUCUGACUAUUUGCUUUAGUAAGAUCUUGCCCCAGGAGGCAAAUGGUAGAAUAUUUUAUUUUAUUUUAUAUGGUGGCAAUGUUUCUAUUGUGCAUUAUUUUUACUUUAUUAACUAUAUGCUUUGGACUGUAAGUUCAGAAUGAUAAUCUCUGUUCUCCAUGUUAUUAACGUAAAAUUGCCAUCUUGGAAUGUAAAAGUGCAGAAAGCACAUGAAUUGUCAUUUUGGAAAAGGUGAAGAAAUUGGGGGGGGGGGGCAAUUGGCACCAUAUCAUGAAAAGAGAAAUGACACCAGUUGUGUGUAAGAAACUGCAGUUCAGCCUACUUGUUUUGAGUCAGUAGUUUAAAGAAAUUGAGUUGAUUCAAAGGGCUUUCGAGCACUAAGAGGGGUAUUGUUGCCUCACUACCUAUCUGUCUUGCCUUUGUGAACUUCAAGGGAUUGAUGUUUCAAAAUGUCUAGCAUGAAGUAGCUCAUACAUUAGAUCCACAAUGCAAAUGUCUCCCUGGUCA